GGGGCGCUCUGGGUUCAUCUGAGGUAACGUACACAAUCUUUCAGGCAAUCUCUCUCCAAAAAACCUCAAUAUUUCUCACGUUGCAUGCAUCUCCACAGCUUUGGUGUCCAAGUAUAGAUGUGUAUAUGGCUCAGUUGCGGCUCUCAGGCUCUUUAGUUUAAUCGUAACCUCAAACACAUGCGUAAAGUUGCCUUAUUUCGUGGAUGGGACUUUCAAAAGAAAAGCUUUGCCUCGUGCGUAAAAGUCUUAUGGUAAAGACUUCUACAGCGCUGGAUUGGUAGGGUCCACGAUGCCGAGGGAGCAGCCCGGUUCAGAUGAGACCAGCUCGUCUGAUUCGUCCACCAAGAAUGCUAAAGAUAAGAGCAACAGCACAGCCGUGGAGGAGCUUCACGGAGCUGCACACGACAACAGGAGGAGCUGCUCAGAAAAAGACUCAGGUUACUCGGACACCAGCUCUGACUGCAAACACACAAAUGCAAAAGACCGCAGCAACAGAAAGUCCAGGGACACCACAGAUGAGUUGCCUCUGAAUCAAAAGGAACCACACAAAAACAGCAACUGUGCAAGUGCUGUUGUGGCGCCACCACCAGGACAGCUGGCAUCAUUUUACAUCAUUAAAAAUAUGGUUCUUGAGCAGCCUCACAUUGUCCAGAAGAACGGUCAGCUCCUAUGGUCCAGUGGAGCCAGUCCAAAUGUCCCUGGUUCAAAUCCUCUCCUCCUGCUCCGGCCUUCAAACCCCCCCGCACUCCAACCCAGACCUCCAGGCCCAACCAGCACCACCGUGAAGAUGAAGAACCCUGCUUAUCUACCAAUCCUCAACUCCUACCCUCGCAUCGCCCCUCACCCAAACAAGAAACCCCCUGACAAAACCUCUCCACCUGCUGAAUCAGACAACCAGAGCAAACGUGUCUGCAUUGAAAGUAGCAGCCCUCAGGUGCAAUGCGCUCGUAAAAUCUGUGCCAAUAACAUCGUCACGUCCUCCAGCAGCGCACCGGCGUCGACAACCAAGCUCACUUCAUCCACUGAACUCAACAAAACUAGCGUCAUCAACACCCGACAUAGACACGUUGUUAAUACAGUGCAAGUCUUGAAGCAAUCCGGGCUUUUGGAUAUAACUCUGCGCACCAAGGAGCUGAUGCGCCAAAGCAGUGCCACCUGGCGAGACGUUGCCCAGUUGAGACAGCAUUCAGAUUUGUUAUGUCAAAUGGCCAGUAGUUCCAGCCAAAACCCGAGCAAUAUGACGGCUUUGCUCAGUCUGCACAGAAAAAUGUCAGAAUCUGGCUGCUACCCGGGCCUUAACGAUGUACAAGCGUUGCAGGUCUCAACAACGCAGCAAAACGUCAGCGUUAUUAAAACACAAAACGGGGAAAGCGACAGUGACGGGUCUCCUGUCGCUUCAAAUAACGUAAAAGAACCUACCCCAAAACAAAUGGAUGCAACCAGGGAAAUAAAGUCUGAAACAACUGCGGACAACGACACCAGUCCAGACAGUUCGACUAAUAAGUGAAUCUCAGGUUUAAAUUUUGCUAUGAUCCUGAAGAGGCUCUGUGUAACUUUUCUGGCGAAGGAGGAGUUAGAUAGCAUACCUUUUACUAAUUAAUGUGAAAUAUAUAAUAAUGAUAAUAAUAUUCAUGCAGAAAUCUGUCAGGAGCAGGGCUGGUGGAGUAUUCAGGACACUCUACCGCUCUACAUCAGGCAUAACAUUAUGACCACUUGCCAAAUAUGCGUUCACACCUUUAGCAAUUAAAAUACUUGCUUUUUCCGUCCAUUUUAUCCAUUCUACAUUUUUGCCCCUUCUUGCCUUCGCUCUUUCCUCCACGUUUGUGUUAAACCACUGUAUAAAACAAAUGAAACACCCGUAUUUACCGCUCUCGUGUUGUCAUUUAGCCUUUUUCUUGCCAAUUUUUUUCCGCUUCUUAAAACUUUCAGGGAAGUAUUUUCUGUCACCGUUUAGAUAUGAUCCAUUUAUUUUAGAUGUUGGAUUAGACACGCUAAAUAUCAGUGGUCAUAAAGUUACAUGCACAGGCCUGAUCUGCGCAAAUGCUUUAAAACACGAGUAAAACAAAUGCAGUUAUUUCAGGUUCGUACCCAAAUACCAAGGACACGUAAACCAGCAGAACUAAAGCCCAACCGUCCAGCUCAAACUCUUUUGGAUUAAUAUGGUCAGAUUAAUUUCUGUACUCGCUUUGUUUUGUCUGAAUGAGAUAAUGAAUGGGGUUGUAUUUCUCUUCUAACUUUAAAUACGUGUUGACAUAUCAUCGGGAUGGUAAAUCAGGCUCGCACAAACUUGCCUUUAAUUGUGCCUUGUGACUUUGGGUAUCGAAAAAAAAAAUCUGUGCUUGAAAUUGCCUUAACUUUUUGCACUCGUUUUGUGAUAACUUCAAACUUUCUCCUUAAGCUUUGGCUGUUUUCUUAUUAUAGUAAUCGCUUACGCCCUAUACUUUAAAUAUCUGAGUAGUGUUAUUUUAGGAUUGCGUAGUUGUUUAGUAGUUGUCUGUUUGCAUGUGGGGCUUGCAUGAUUUGAUUUGUGUGCACAGUGUAAUCAACCACUUCCGACAUUGUAAGUUUAUUUUCACUCUUAUUUAAAUAAAGUUUUUAAAUUCCUAAA